GGGAAACUUCCUCCACAAUUGCUUUACGUUACUAUUCUUAAAAAAAAAUUUAAAAAAAGACCCCACCCAGCCCAUCGGAAAUAAUGACAGUGGCUGAAACGAGGGAAUUCGACCCAGGUCUCUUUCUUGCGGAAGGUGAUCUCCCAAGUGAUACCGUCACUCCAGAUCUUCUCAUACUAAACCAGCCAAUCGCGAGCUUUGAUGUAUUUGCACGGCUCUGGAGACAUACGAUUUAUCAGAUAUGUGCCGAUGGUGGUGCGAACAGAUUGUACGACAUGUUCGAGGGGGCGCUGGAACUUCGAAGAGGGGACUUCUUGCCAGAUGCUAUUCAUGGAGACCUUGAUUCACUGCGAGAUGACGUACGAGCUUAUUAUACAUCACGUGGCGUUGAUGUAUCCCAGGACCUCGACCAAUAUAGUACAGACUUCGGCAAGGCUAUGCAGAAAAUCUUCUCACGAGACUCGCCUUCGCCACAGAGGGAGGUAAUAGUGCUUGGGACUCUGGCAGGAAGAGUUGAUCAAGGUCUAGGGCUGCUCCAUGAAUUAAUCAGAGAAGAGUCGAGGCACCCAGAUCUCCAACUGUGGCUCUUCUCUGAGUCAAACGUGUCCUUUAUUCUGAAGGCCACACAUAACAUUAUCCAAAACACGCUAUCCAAUAGGCUGUUCACCAGAAAUGUUGGCCUUCUUCCAAUCUACGGCCCUGCGGUUAUCACCACGACUGGGUUGGAAUGGGAUGUGAAGGAUUGGGAGACCCAGAUGGGCCACCAGGUCAGUACCAGCAACCACACUGUGGCCGAAGAGGUCCAUGUGCAGACCAACGCACCAAUCCUGUUCACAAUUGAAAGAGCUGUCCUCGCCACGGGUGCAAAGCCAGCACAGCGGAGAUGAUUUGUACGCCGAAGAGUGCGUAUUGCGCACUGGUUGACGCCUCAUUUGAGGCUCUUCUUCUUGGGUACAUCAGCAUUUGCGGCGCUCGUAAUUCUAGAUACCCCAUUCGUAGCGGAUUGAAAAACUGGAAGUUGAGGCGAUUUUCCGAAGACCGUGCACUAGAAGGAUCUCCGUUCAUUUGAGAGAAGGAAUGGAAGAAACUCCCUCUGCGCGGGCUUCUGCAAGCCACAAAAUCUCUGCAUCUCUGCAUCUCUCCUUUUACGAAAUGGAACCUCUCACACGACGCGGAAAACUUGACGAGACUAUUGUAGAAGUUAGCCUUGCGCCGAACCAUCAACCAAACUGCUGGGAGCUUGCCGACGUCGUGGUUCUCUGAGAUGUCACGUUGUUGGUGAAACAAAAUCAUUUCCGCUCUAGAUUCCAUGGGCAUGAAUGUACAUACAUAGCCACGUUGUUUCUGAUGAAAGAAGGAUUCAGGGCCGACGAGCGCGGGGGAG